GCUGUUUGCAUCCGGCUGCGUGUUUUCGACUGAUCUUUGGGCACGGGGUCUUUCCCGAGGGAAGACGCCCACGGGAGUCUUUCAUUUGGUGCAUUGGCCGGGAACUUGAGGCCCCUAUCCCAGAGACCGCCGAACCACUGCCGGGAGGUGAGGUAAGCUGGCCAGAAUUCCAUGUUUUAUGUUCUAUGUCCUGUACUUGUCUUACGUCUUUGGCGUUUGAUUGUUGGGCUGUGAAUUUGAAUUUGUACAAUUCAGCUGGGUCGAUUUGUAUUUUGUCGGGCCUCGGAAAGGAACUGACGAGUUCGUACUUUCCCCCCCCCCCCGCACCCCAGAAGACGUUCCGAGGGAGUUUUGGAGCCCGAUUUUUCGGGGCUCGUUUGUCCGAACCCGUACGGGGUUUGUUUGGGAGGUGGGAUUUCCGGAGCCCCUUUGUAACCUCCGUUCGUGCAGCGUGUUUGACUGUCAGUCUGUUUGUCCUAUUGUGCAUCUUUUGUCUGUUUGUUUAUUGGAACACCAGCUUGGGGCAAUCUUUAACCACCCCUUUAAGCCUCACUCUAGGACACUGGUCAGACGUCUCUAAACGAGCGAGCAAUCAAACGCUCGAAGUCAAGAAGAAAAAAUGGCAGAGCCUCUGUUCCUCGGAAUGGCCCACAUUCAACGUGGGCUGGCCGCGGGACGGCACUUUCAACAAGAAUGUUAUUUUGCAGGUCAAGGAACGAGUCUUCGACAAAGGGCCCCAUGGACACCCUGACCAGGUCGCUUAUAUUGUUACUUGGGAGAGUUUGACUAAUGACCCACCCCCCUGGGUAGCCCCCUUUAUUUCUCCAGAGAAAUCCCAACCCUCCCUAGGUCUCACUCCUUCGGCCCCGACUCCUCCUCCGCCUUCCCCUCCUCCGCCUUCCCCUCCUCCGCCUUCCCCUCCUCCGCCUUCCCUAUCAAAGACCCCCACCCCUACGGUCUCCUCCCUUUAUCCUGCACUGACGAAGGAGGAGACCCCCAAACUACAUGGAAGACCGAAGGAGACCCAUAAGCAGCCAGCUGUCCUUCCCCCUGACCCAAAUUCCCCUCUUGUCGACCUCCUAUCCAAAGAUCCUCCCCCCUACAACCCCCAGCAGGAGCCCGGGAAUAAUGAAGCGGAUCCUGCGACACCCUCGCCCUCGUCACGAAGCUCCCCACCCACUGCUUCCCCUGUUGCGAGCAGGCUCCGGGGAAAGCGUGAACCGUCUCCCCCGGAUUCCACCUCCCAAGCAUUUCCCCUGCGACAGGGAAAUAACGGCCAGUUUCAAUACUGGCCCUUUUCCGCCUCUGAUCUAUACAAUUGGAAACAACACAAUCCUCCCUUUUCCAAGGAUCCUAUGGCAUUAACUAGUUUAAUAGAGUCUAUUCUGCUUACACACCAACCAACCUGGGACGAUUGCCAACAGUUACUACAGACCCUCCUCACUUCUGAGGAAAAACAAAGGGUCUUCGCAGAGGCACGAAAGCAGGUUCCCGGAGAAGAUGGGAGGCCAACCCAGUUGCCCAACGAGAUUGAUGCUGUCUUCCCCCUCACCAGGCCUGACUGGGAUUUUACUAUGAUCGCAGGUAGGACACACCUACACCUUUAUCGCCAGUUGCUCAUAGCGGGUCUCCGAGGGGCUGGUCGUCGCCCCACAUUGGCACAGGUAAAGCAAACGAUUCAAGGGGCAGAUGAGUCUCCAGCAGCUUUUUUAGAAAGGCUUAAGGAAGCAUAUCGUAUGUAUACGCCUUAUGAUCCCGAGGACCCAGGGCAGGCUAACGGCUUGUCGAUGUCCUUUAUCUGUCAGUCAGCACCUGACAUCAGGAACAAGUUACAGAGGCUGGAGAAUUUGCAGGGGUAUACGCUACAGGAUCUACUUAAGGAGGCAGAGAAAAUCUUCAACAAAAGGGAGACUCAAGAAGAAAGGGAGGACCGUAUCCGUAGAGAGAAAGAAGAAAGGGAAGAUAGAUUGAGAAGGGAAGCAGAGGAAAAGGAGGAGGCUAGAGAUAGAAAAAGGAAUAGGGAAUUGAGCCGCCUCUUGGCCGCCGCAGUUCAGAGCCAGGGAAGUCGACAGGGAGAUAGGAUGGGAGAACGGAGAGGCCCUCGCGUGGAACGCGACCAAUGUGCCUACUGCAAGGAAAGAGGACACUGGGCGAAAGACUGCCCUAAAAAUACUCGUAAGCCCAGAGGCCCCAAACCACGAGCCUCACUCCUGGCCCUAGAUGAAGAUAGGGGGGUCAGGGCCAGGAACCCCCCCCCCGAGCCCAGGUUAACACUCGAUGUCGGGGGGCAGCCGGUUACUUUCCUAGUAGAUACCGGAGCUCAGCAUUCGGUUCUUACCCGGUCACCUGGACCGCUCAGUGAAUGGACUGCUUGGGUACAAGGAGCCACCGGCAGAAGACAAUAUCGCUGGACCACCGAGCGGAAGGUGCAAUUAGCAACUGGUAAAGUAACUCAUUCCUUCCUACAUGUUCCAGACUGCCCCUAUCCAUUACUGGGGCGAGACUUACUCACCAAACUGAAAGCCCAAAUUCAUUUUGAGGGGGCAGGGGUUCGAGUGUCAGGCCCAAACGGGGACCCCCUCCAGGUCUUGACUUUACAAUUGGAGGACGAAUACCGGCUAUACGAACAGGACCCCAAGGUACAAGGGUCCAGGGACUUGGACAUAUGGCUUACAGAGUACCCACAGGCAUGGGCCGAGACGGGAGGUAUGGGGCUAGCGCUACAGCAGCCCCCGUUGGUUGUAGCCCUGAAGGCCUCAGCCACCCCAAUCUCAGUCAAGCAAUACCCCAUGUCAAAUGAGGCCUACCAGGGGAUAAGACCUCAUAUCAAGAGGCUAUUAGAAGAAGGCAUCCUGACUCCCUGCCGGUCACCUUGGAAUACCCCCCUCCUCCCAGUAAAGAAACCAGGGACAAAGGAUUAUCGGCUGGUACAGGACCUCAGGGAAAUAAAUAAGAGAGUUGAAGACAUACACCCGACCGUCCCUAAUCCAUAUAAUUUACUAAGCACCCUGCCACCUUCACACACCUGGUAUACGGUGCUAGACUUGAAGGACGCCUUCUUCUGUCUCAGAUUAAGCCCCAAAAGUCAACCCCUUUUCGCCUUCGAAUGGAGAGACCCCGAAUUGGGGAUUUCAGGCCAACUGACAUGGACCCGGCUCCCACAGGGCUAUAAGAAUAGCCCCACCCUAUUUGAUGAGGCCUUGCACCGGGACCUUGCGGACUUCAGAGUUCAACACCCGUCAUUGAUCCUGCUCCAGUACGUGGAUGAUCUUCUGCUGGCAGCCCCCACAGAACAUGACUGCUGACAAGGUACGGGGGCCCUAUUGCAGACCCUGGGACGGCUGGGCUAUCGAGCAUCUGCCAAAAAGGCCCAGAUAUGCCAGACUGAGGUGACUUAUUUGGGAUACAAAUUAAAAGAGGGACAGCGUUGGCUCACAGCCGCACGCAAAGAGACUGUAUCUCGCAUACCUGCACCCCGAAACCCUCGCCAGUUAAGGGAAUUCCUGGGGACAGCUGGGUUCUGCUGCUUAUGGAUACCAGGCUUCGCUGAAAUGGCAGCUCCCCUCUAUCCCCUCACCAAGCAGGGGGUCCCAUUUGAAUGGACAGAUAAACAACAAGGGGCUUUCGAGAACAUCAAACGGGCCCUCCUCUCCUCCCCGGCACUGAGUCUGCCGGAUGUCACUAAGCCAUUCGAACUGUUUGUUGAUGAAAAACAAGGAUAUGCCAAGGGGGUCUUGACCCAAAGACUUGGACCAUGGAAACGCCCUGUCGCAUACUUAUCAAAGAAAUUAGACCCAGUGGCCUCAGGCUGGCACCCUUGCCUACGGAUGGUGGCAGCCAUUGCCAUCCUUAUUAAGGAUGCUGGCAAACUGACUUUGGGACAGCCCCUGACCAUUCUGGCACCCCAUGCCGUCGAGGCCUUGAUUAGGCAGCCCCCUGACUGGUGGCUCUCCAACGCCUGCAUGACCCACUACCAAUCGUUGCUGUUGGAUACGGACCGAGUCCAGUUUGGACCUGUAGUCGCCCUUAAUCCGGCGACCUUGCUACCCACACCGGAAGGACCAGACCAGCAUGACUGCCUUCAGAUCCUCGCAGAAAUGCAUGGAACCCUGACUGCCUUCAGAUCCUCGCAGAAUGCAGACUUGACUGAUCAGCCCCUCCCAGAUGCGGACCACACCUGGUACACCGAUGGGAGCAGUUACCUACUAAAUGGAGAACGCAGGGCGGGAGCCGCAGUUACCACGGAGACCCAGGUAAUCUGGGCCAGUGCAUUGCCCAGCGGCACCUCGGCCCAACAAGCUGAACUCAUCGCUCUGACUCAAGCCCUUAGAUUGGCAGAAGGUAAGAAACUGAAUGUUUAUACUGAUAGUCGGUAUGCUUUCGCCACUGCACACAUACAUGGAGAAAUAUACCGGAGACGAGGGCUCUUAACCUCAGAAGGCAAGGAAAUUAAAAAUAAAACAGAGAUCCUUGCUCUAUUAGAGGCCUUAUUCCUCCCCAAAAGACUGAGCAUUAUGCAUUGUCCCGGACACCAAAAAGGAAAUCACGCCGAGGCCAGAGGAAAUCGGUGGGCGGAUGAAGCGGCCUGAGAGGCUGCUUUGGGACUGCAAAUUCUCACCCUAGUAUCUGAGCCCGUCCAAUCCACAAUAGACUGGGCCUAUGAUAAAGAGGACAUACACCUACUCCAAAAAUUGGGGGCAGAAUACAACUCAGCGAAUAGACGCUGGAUUUAUCGGGGAAAAAUAGCAGUGCCCAUAAAAAUAACCCAUGAACUUAUAGACUACUUACAUAAAUUGACCCAUUUAGGUACAAAGAAAAUGAAAACCCUCCUAGACAGAAUGGAGACUGGACAAUUCCUCCUGAACAGGGAUAGGGCACUCCAACGGACAAUAGAUAAUUGCAGGGCCUGUGCCCAAAUUAAUACAGGCCACUCGAAAACCCUCCAAGGGGUGCGUCUCCGAGGACACCGGCCUGGCAUCCACUGGGAAAUAGACUUCACCGAAAUUAAACCUGGUUUAUAUGGGUACAGAUACUUGCUGGUUUUUAUAGACACCUUUUCAGGAUGGGUAGAGGCCUAUCCCACCAAACAUGAAACAGCCAGGAUGGUUGCCAAGAAGUUAUUGGAAGAAAUUUUUCCCCUAUAUGGGAUGCCAAAGGUAUUGGGAUCUGAUAAUGGGCCAGCCUUCGUCUCCCAGGUAAGUCAGUUGGUGGCCAAGUUACUGGGGAUUGAUUGGAAAUUACAUUGUGCUUAUAGACCCCAGAGUUCAGGACAGGUAGAGCGUAUGAACAGAACUAUUAAGGAGACUCUGUCUAAAUUAACGCUCGCAACUGGCACAAAGGAUUGGGUGUUGCUCCUACCCCUAGCUCUAUAUCGAGCUAGGAACACUCCUGAGCCACAUGGCCUUACCCCAUUUGAAAUAUUGUAUGGGGCACCGCCUCCAGCCGUACAUUUCUUCGAUAUGGACAUUGCAGACUAUGCUAACUCCCCUUCUCUACAAGCCCAUUUACAGGCCCUGCAGCUGGUACAACAAGAGGUCUGGAAACCCCUGGCAGCAGCCUACCAAGACAGCCUCAACCAGCCGGUGGUGCCCCAUCAGUACCAGAUUGGAGACACUGUUUGGGUCCGUAGACAUCAGACCAAGAACCUGGAACCGCGCUGGAAGGGACCGUACACUGUUCUCCUGACCACCCCAACGGCGCUCAAGGUGGACGGAAUUGCUGCCUGGAUCCACGCCUCACACGUGAAAGCCGCCAGCCCAGAACAACAGACGGCCAGCCAAAAGGAAGGAUGGAAGAUCCAACGCUCCCAAAACCCCUUAAAGAUAAGACUGGUUCGAAAAUGAUAUUA